AUGUCCGUGUCGCUUGUCCCUUGCUGUUCUGACUGUGGUGCCGAUGUGCGGCCUCCGGCGGAAGAAGUUUGUGCACUCCCGCUUCAGCCGCUCUCGGACGACGAGGAGGGGUCACCAGCAUCGCCAGUACUAACGUCAAAAUCAAGGUUGGAGGCCCUGACGAACGUGUUCCCGGAAGAAAGCCUCGUCCGCUCUAUAACGCUGCGCAAGUCCCUACAGCAGUUCGGGAUACUCUGGCGCAUGCCGAUGGCACACACAUCUCAAACGAUGGCGAACUUCUACGAUUGGUCCGAGCCGGCACAAGGCUACGACUAUUUCCUGUCGCAUGCAUGGAGAACCUCAGGGUGGCUAAAAUAUUUUUCCCUGUUGUUUUAUUCCAGCCAUAAUUUUCUUCUGAUACUUAUGCUUGUGGUGGCAUUUAUCAUGUAUGCCAUAUGCAUGCUGGACCUCCUCCCCACCUUGGGCUAUAUCAGAUUGGUGGCAUCGGACUGGACAUGUCCACAGAAUGAGCCGCACCCGGGCUGUCCCUUGGGGCCUUGGGUUCUUGUGGGCGGCUUCCUCGCAGUCGUCGCAGGCCUCCUCAUUGCUCCGUACCUGCCGAGCUUCUGCACGAGCUCUGACUUGUGCUUCGUGGACGCUGCAUGCAUCCACCAAGCUGACCCUGAGAAGAAGCAGGCGGGUGUCGAUGCGAUAGCCGGCUUCCUCAGCAAGUCCCGGCAGCUGCGAAUCCUUUGGUCGCCUCCCUACUUUUCAAGGCUGUGGUGUGUCUUCGAGAUUGCGGCCUAUCGCAAGGUGAAUCCGAGGGGAGCGCUGGUACUCGCGCCCAUGUUCGUCGAGCGCACGGUCCUUCUGGUCGUCUUCGGGGCCUUCACUAUGGCAGGCUUCUUCUGGAUCAUCGAUGCCAACAACUAUGAUCCCAGAGUUAAAGCCAUUUUUGUGGCCUUCAACCCACUGAUACUGCUGGUGCACUUUCUCCGGAGCAAUGCCCGUGACAAGACCACCCUUCUUCAAGAUUUGGAGCGCUUCGACCUCGAGAACGUCCACUGCAGCCUGGAUUCUGACCGGGA